AUAAUGAAUUGAACCAAAGCUUGUAGCUAUCUCUGAAAGUUAUACUGUAGGUAAAGAACACCUGAAGAAUACCCUUCAGACUAUGGUGGAUUUUUUUCAUCUGGCAGUUAUUUGUUUCCUAAGUGUUACCUUUAAUUUCCCAGAAUGAGGGGAGUAGAAAAGGCUUGCCUGGUAGGCGACAAAGCAACGAAGAUGUAUUCCCUAACUAAAAACAGUGGAGAACUGGGUAAUUUUAGUAAAGAGAAACUCCAGGAAGAAGAGAAUCCCCAUUUAAGUAACAUUUACCAUUGUCAUAACAAUAACACCAAAGCCUAUGAGGCCAGACAGACGGAACAGAAACUCGCCAAGAAAAAACUCUACAUAGCGGCAGCAAUCUGUCUCACCUUUAUAGGUGCAGAGAUUACAGGGGGUUAUAUCGCUGGCAGUCUCGCCGUGGUAACAGAUGCGGCCCAUCUUUUAGUGGAUUUGUCUAGUUUUCUCAUCAGUCUCUGCUCUCUGUGGUUGUCGUCUAAGCCUGCGACAAGGAAGCUCACUUUUGGGUGGUAUAGAGCAGAAAUUGUUGGUGCCUUAAUCUCUAUGUUCACUAUCUGGUUGGUCACCGGAGUAUUAUUAUAUCUGGCGUGUGAGAGAAUAAUGCAUCCCGAUUACAAGAUUGAUGGAACAGUUAUGCUACUGACCUCAGUCUGUGCGUUAGUGGCUAAUUUAAUCCUAGCCCUGAUUUUACACCACAGCGGACAUGGUCACAGCCACAUGGGAAGUCAACAUGAACAUACGGGGUCUGACUACAAGCCUCAGACUAACGCAAGUAUACGGGCAGCGUUCAUACACGUCAUCGGGGACCUGUUUCAGAGUAUCAGCGUGCUAAUCAGUGCUCUUAUAAUAUACUUCAAGCCACAAUACAAGAUAGCCGAUUCCAUCUGCACCUUCAUAUUUUCUGCUUUCGUUCUGGCGACCACCAUCACAGUCCUACGGGAUGUUUUGGUCAUCUUAAUGGAAGGUACUCCACGGGGCUUUAAUUAUGGUGCGUUGAAACAGAGCAUUCUGGCGGUGGAAGGGGUUAAAUCAGUUCACAGCCUGCAUCUUUGGGCUUUAACAAUGAACCAAGUAAUUCUUUCAGUCCAUGUUGCCACAGAAAAAUCAAAUGAUUUCAGUAGAAUAUUGAAGGAAGUUACACAAAGUGCCUUCGACUAUUUUCCAUUUCACUCGGUCACCAUUCAAGUAGAACCGGUGGAGGAACAGAUCCACGACUGCAUGUUCUGCUACGAGCCAGAUGAAUGAAUCAAUGCCUUUCUAUCCAACCUCCAACAUCAAAUGAGAAAUCAUAUACAAAAUAUACAAUUUUCCAGAUCAGGGGAACUUUUGUGCAAAUGAAACCCGGUCAUUCUGAUAUAAUGUAUCUCACAAUGUCACUUGCCAGUUUUGUGAAGGAUGUUGGCCUUGAGAGAAGCUUUGACCAUAAGUGGAAUUUGCGCAGAGAACUACCUGCUGUUUAGCUUUGACAUUCUUUGAAAGGAAACCUACACUAAUGGGUAGCUAGGCGUCCAUGUUUGUGGUUGGCAUGAAGGCACCUUUAUCUUAGAUAUCAAGUUUUCAGUAACUUCUUUCUUUUCCAUUUACAAAGAUGGUUGGAAGGCUUCAACACAAUCACCAAAGGACAUUUUCACUGGAAUGAAACAUCCUGCAGUCUGAGGUCUUUGGAAUGGGACCUGUGAAGCGGGGCUGUUGUUUGUGCUACAAAGCUAUAUAUAAUGCUAUAGAAUCGCCACAUUCCUGUAUGUAUUUUCCUUUCUUCUAAAUCCACAUCACGUUUCAUAUCAUUCUAUGUUAC